CAGGCAAUGUGCAACUUCCCUUUCAUCAAAACGUCAGCAGCAUAAAUUCUCCUCCUGAAGCAUAUGGCUCUCACACUAACCACUCUUUGCAGACGAUAAGCAGCUGUUUUUAGUUAUGGAACCCAAAACGAUUAGAGAGGGAUACUUAGUGAAAAAGGGUACAGUGCUGAAGUCAUGGAAGGUGGUGUGGGUGGUGUUAGCAGAUGAUGCUAUUGAAUUUUACAAAAAGAAGACAGACAGCAGUCCAAAGGGAAUGAUCCCUAUGAAGGGAGCAGCUCUGACCAGCCCGUGCCAGGAUUUCAAUAAGAGAACGUUAGUGUUUAAGGUCAGCACAGCAAAGAACCAGGAACAUUUCUUUCAAGCGACCCACCUAGAGGAAAGAGAGCUUUGGGUGAAAGACAUCAAGAGGGCAAUCACAUGUUUACAGGGGGGAAAGAAGUUUGCCAGGAAGUCAACGCGACGAUCCAUUCGAUUACCGGAAAAUGUUAACCUCAGUGAACUGUAUGUUUUAAUGAAAGAUCAAGACACAGGGGUUAAAGAGCUGAACCUAGAGAAGGAUAAAAGACAAUUUAAUCACUGUUUCACAGGAAACACAGUGAUUGACUGGUUGAUCUCUCAAGGAAAGGCUAGAAACAGAGCUGAGGGGUUGAUGCUGGCCACUGGACUGCUCAAUGAGGGCUUCCUGCAGCCUGCGGGAGAGCUUUCGAAAGACGGUGCAGAAAAAGGAGCAGAAUGUGCUUUCUUGGACCAAACAGAUGCUCUUUAUUAUUUUACAGAUAGUGGUUUCUUUUGUGAGGGAUAUUCCAGCGAUGAUGAUGUGAUUGUGAAGGAGGAGUUCAGGGGUGCAAUAGUCAAACAGGGCUGUUUGCUGAAGCAGGGUCACAGAAGAAAGAACUGGAAAGUCCGGAAGUUUAUCCUCAGAGAUGAUCCUGCUUAUAUCCACUAUUAUGAUCCAACAAAGGGUGAGGAAGAUCCGCUUGGUUCCAUUCACCUGCGUGGAUCAGUUGUGACUGCAGUUGAAUAUGUGCCUGACGCCAAGAGGUACGAUGUUGAUGGGAAUCUCUUUGAAAUCAUCACUUCAGAUGAGAUACACUACUACCUGCAGGCAGCUUCAGCUAAUGAGUGCACAGACUGGAUCAAAGCCAUACAAAGUGUGGCAAAGUGUGGCAAAUAACCAUAUAAGACUCAGGCAGUGGUCCUAAUCUUUCCUGUAAUUUGAAGAACAAAAAACUAAUUUGAAGAGUCGUGCUAUUCUGUUAAUAUAUGCAGGGUUUUAUGUUAAGGACCUGUUUGAAACUCACAGUUUUGCCUACGCAUCAAACAUGUUCCCCUUUCAGCGUUUUCCAAAAAUGAAACAUCCCAAUUUGUUGUUUCUUUUCCUUCAGCAUUUGCAUAAAACAAGAGGCUUUCUAAUAAUUAUCUGAUACACAUUCUUACUAUAGUGACAGGAUGUGGGCAAACAGGUUUUUUCACUGUUUCACCAUUGUGAGAGAUACUAUACUGGCACUCAUGUACCCAUCCAGAACUGUCAACAUGGUGGAAACUGAUAAGGGAAACUCCAGUGUCCAGCAAUUUCCUGUUUUUAUUUAAAGCAUAACACUUCCUGUUUCUCUGCAUGAGUUGGUCAAAUAAAGAAAGAUAUGUUACAACA